AGAGUUUGUAUUUAAAUGGAACGGAGGGGCUUGUGCACCUUGGGACUGUCAGUCUAUCAGUGAGAGCACUCGAGCAACCAGAGCUUCAAGCUCCGCCCACCGCCGCCAUCCCCUCACUCUGAAACCCUAGAUUCACCAACACCGAGAAGUGGUGCAUAUGGCUAUGGCUGCAGUUGAAGGAUUGAACGUCACAAGGCAUUGGGUUUGACUCUGCUAUUUCCCUGUCACCACUUCUGUAGGCAGCCACCUCUCCUGCAACCACCAGUAUACUGCGGCUGCCGGAGAAAAGGUGGAUUUUCCGGGUAAGAAACUUGAUUAACAGUUUUCGCCAUUGUCUUUCACUGCGUUAACAGAGUAUCUGGCUUCCAUUAAAGAUAAAAGACUAUCUUUUGUUCACAUGGGUUGGGUUCAACACUUGGUGUGAAAUUUAAGCAUCCCCACCACCGGAAAAACCUCCUUCACAUGGAUGUUGUCUGCUAGAGUGGACUUUUACUACCACCAACGCCACCGGAAUCAGAAGCAGAGCCACUGAGCCAUCAAACCAGUUGUGAAUCUUCGUUUCAAAGCUAUUCCUUGUCUCAGAUGGAGAAAGACAGCUAUUCUGCUAUGUCCUCUUUGUUCUUUUUCUUCUUCUUCUUCUUCUUUUGGGUGAACUUGACUAAAUCAGCGGUUUCUUCUUUGAAUCCUGAUGGGCAAGCCCUUCUCUCUCUCCUCUCUGCUUCUGACCCUUCUUCCAAAUCAUCCUCUCCCAUUCUCUCCUCGUGGAACCCAUCAAGCUCAACCCCCUGUUCAUGGCAGGGUAUUACUUGCUCUCCGCAGGACAGAGUCAUCUCGCUCUCUCUCCCAAACACAUUCCUCAAUCUCUCUUCUCUACCUCCACAGCUCUCUUCUCUCUCAUCUCUGCAGCUCUUCAAUCUCUCCUCCACCAAUAUCUCAGGUUCCAUUCCUCCUUCCAUUGGAAAGCUUACCCGUCUUCGCCUCCUGGACCUCUCCUCCAAUGCUCUCUCCGGACCCAUUCCUGCGGAGCUGGGUCGUUUGACAGCAUUGCAGUUUCUUUUCUUGAAUUCCAAUAAAUUGACUGGUAGGAUUCCUCCACAUCUUGCAAACCUUUAUUCCCUGCAAGUUCUGUGUUUCCAGGACAAUCUCCUAAAUGGGUCUAUUCCUUCGCAGUUGGGUUCUCUUGUUUCUCUCCAACAAUUCCGAAUUGGAGGGAACCCGUACCUGUCUGGUGAAAUUCCACCGCAAUUAGGACUGCUUACCAAUCUGACGACAUUUGGUGGGGCGGCAACUGCCCUCUCUGGCGUGAUACCACCUACUUUUGGCAACUUGGUCAAUCUUCAGACUUUGGCAAUUUAUGAUACCAAUAUAUUUGGUUCGAUUCCUCCUGAACUCGGAUUGUGUUCAGAACUAAGGAAUUUGUACUUGCACAUGAACAAGCUCACUGGUUCAAUACCUCGUCAACUGGGGAAGCUGCAGAAGCUUACGAGCUUGCUUUUGUGGGGCAAUUUGAUCACUGGACCGAUUCCAGCUGAGCUUUCCAAUUGUUCGUCACUUGUUGUACUUGACAUUUCUGCUAAUGAUGUUCAUGGUGAAAUUCCGGGUGACUUGGGGAAGCUAGUUGUUCUUGAACAGCUUCAUCUGUCUGACAAUGCACUCACAGGACCAAUUCCGUGGCAGUUGAGUAACUGCACAAGUCUUAGUGCUCUUCAGCUUGACAAGAACCAGCUCUCUGGUCCAAUUCCAUGGCAGGUUGGUAAUUUGAAACAUUUGCAGAAUUUCUUUUUGUGGGGCAAUUCAGUCUCUGGAACCUUACCAUCCUCUUUUGGGAAUUGCACUGAACUUUACGCGCUUGAUCUUUCAAGGAAUAAGCUCACUGGGUCCAUCCCGGAAGAGAUUUUUUAUUUGCAGAAACUGAGCAAGCUCCUCCUUCUGGGGAAUUCAUUAUCUGGAGGGUUACCUCGAAGUGUUUCAAAAUGCCAGUCUCUGGUGAGAUUGAGGCUUGGGGAGAAUCAGCUUUCUGGGCGGAUUCCUAAGGAAAUAGGCCAAUUGCAGAACCUUGUAUUUCUUGACUUGUACAUGAACCAUUUCUCGGGUAGCCUGCCUGUUGAGAUUGCCAAUAUCACAGUUCUUGAGCUAUUGGAUGUGCACAAUAACUACAUAACUGGAGAAAUCCCACCUGAAUUAGGGGAACUUGUGAAUUUAGAGCAGCUUGAUCUCAGCCAAAACAGCUUCACGGGGGAAAUCCCUUGGAGUUUUGGGAACUUCAGUUACUUGAACAAACUCAUCCUCAACAAUAAUCUGUUGACUGGGCCAAUCCCAAAAUCCAUUCGAAACUUGCAGAAGCUAACUUUACUUGAUUUGAGCUUGAACACCCUCUCUGGCACAAUCCCACCUGAAUUUGGUUACGUGACGAGCUUAACCAUCAGUUUGGACUUAAGCUCAAAUGGGCUUACAGGAGAAAUACCUGAAACAAUGUCCAGUUUGAGUCAGUUACAAUCACUUGAUCUUUCCCGCAAUAAGCUUCAUGGAAAUAUAAAAGUUCUGGGUUUUCUCACCAGUCUCACUUCUCUGAAUAUAUCCUUCAACAACUUCUCAGGCCCUAUCCCAGUAACGCCUUUCUUCAGAACUCUCUCUUUGAAUUCGUACCUCGGAAACCCAGAUCUUUGUGAAUCCCUUGAUGGGCUAACUUGUUCCUCACAACUAAUUCAAAGAAACGGAUUGAAAUCUUCCAAAACUAUUGCUUUGAUUUCUGUGAUUCUGGUUUCUUUGACCAUCGCAGUUAUUGCAUCCUGGAUUCUUGUAACUCGGAAUCAUAAGUACAUGGUAGAGAAAUCCUUCAGCUCAUUGAGUUCACCACCAGGAGCUGAAGACUUUUCUUACCCCUGGACUUUCAUCCCAUUUCAAAAACUGAGCUUCAGCAUUGAAAAUAUCUUGGAUUGCCUGAAAGAUGAGAAUGUGAUUGGAAAAGGCUGUUCUGGAGUUGUCUAUAAGGCAGAAAUGCCAAAUGGGGAGUUGAUUGCAGUGAAAAAGCUAUGGAAAACGAAAAAAGAUGAAGAGCCGGUGGACUCCUUUGCUGCAGAAAUUCAAAUUCUGGGACACAUUCGGCACCGGAACAUUGUGAAGCUCCUAGGUUACUGUUCCAAUAAGUCUGUUAAGCUUCUCCUGUACAACUACAUCUCAAAUGGGAAUCUGCAACAACUACUUCAGGGGAACAGAAACUUGGAUUGGGAAACCAGGUACAAGAUUGCUCUUGGGUCAGCUCAGGGUCUUGCUUAUCUUCACCAUGAUUGUGUGCCAGCAAUACUUCACAGAGAUGUGAAGUGCAAUAACAUACUUCUAGAUUCCAGGUUUGAGACAUAUUUGGCAGAUUUUGGACUGGCUAAGUUAAUGAACUCUCCAAAUUACCACCACGCAAUGUCCAGAGUAGCUGGGUCUUAUGGGUAUAUUGCCCCAGAGUAUGGAUACACCAUGAACAUAACCGAGAAGAGUGACGUGUACAGUUAUGGAGUGGUUCUGUUGGAAAUUCUAAGUGGGCGUAGCGCCAUAGAGUCCCAAGUAGGGGAUGGACUCCAUAUAGUAGAGUGGGUGAAGAAGAAGAUGGGAAGCUUCGAACCAGCGGUGACAGUCCUCGAUUUGAAGCUGCAGAGCUUGCCUGACCAGAUGGUGCAGGAGAUGCUUCAAACGCUUGGAAUUGCAAUGUUCUGUGUGAAUACUUCACCAUCUGAAAGACCCACCAUGAAGGAAGUGGUGGCACUGCUAAUGGAGGUAAAGAGUCCACCUGAAGAUUGGGGGAAGUCCUCUCAACCUCUUAUUAAACAGUCCUCAAAUCAGAGCUGAAAUGUUCUUUCCAGUUCUCUUAGGAUCUCUAUGAUUAAUCUUUCUUUUCUUUUCCACGAUUGAAGAGUGAAAAAAGAAGAAAGCAAAAAGACAAGGAGUUGUAAUGUAGGAAAUGAAAAGAGGGGGGGAACUGGCAACUCUUAGUCUUGGGGCCUAUUGUACAUAGAAGAUUCAUAAAAGUAGUUGAUUUGCCUCGGCUCUUAAUA